AUGCUGCGAGAGGUAAAUGAGCCUGUACUGCAAGCGAAUUCAAAUCCUCUGAUUACGCAUGGACAGUUGAAAACCUCGUUUAUGAUCAAUGAUGUUGUAUACAACACGAUGGCCAUUGUUACGAAUCUGUCAGUAGACGCGAUCCUUGGAUUAGACUUUCUGAUAAGGAAUAAAUGUGUCAUUGAUAUGAGUGCCAUGGAAUUACGGAUUGAUGGAACACCCAUUCCACUCGUAAAGAAAGGAUAUAUAGGAUGCUAUCGCAUUGCUACAGCAGCUACAGUCCACAUACCACCCAGAUCAGAAAUUGUUACAAGCUGCGAUGUGUGCACCUCUAACAAAGAACAAAUAACUGAUGGUAUUGCAUUGAUAGAAGGGGAUGAACACUUUUUGAAAUCAGAGAAAGGUAUAGUUGGCAAAGUGCUUGUCACCACUAAAGAGUCAGAACCUGUCAGGUUCAUGAACCCUAGUUUUGUUGUUCAGACUAUCUACAAAGGAACCAUAGUAGCGAAGUUGACUCCUGUACAAUGUGUUGUUGGAGAAAUGGGAACUCCCUCAGAGUCAUCAACGGAACUUUCACCAGCCUUGGAGGAGCUAUUACAACGAUCAAGCGGAAGGUUGAGCUCAGAUCAAAAGCAAGAAUUAAAAUCUUUGCUCUUGCGCAAUACUAACUUAUUUGCAAAAGAUGACAAGGAUUUUGGUAGAACUGAUGUAAUUAAACAUUCUAUCAACACAGGUUCAAAGGCUCCUAUACGACAACCCCUCCGAAGGACUCCAGUCCAUUAG